AUGGGCCAGAUCAAGAAAAAGCAUACCGCUGGAGCCGCUCGAAACUUCAUCACUCGAACUCAGGCUAUCCGAAAGCUACAGGUCUCGCUUGCCGACUUCCGACGGCUCUGUAUCUUCAAGGGUAUCUACCCUCGAGAGCCCCGAAGCAAGAAGAAGGCCAACAAGGGAUCCACAGCUCCCGUCACCUUCUACUACGCCAAGGACAUUCAGUACCUUUUGCAUGAGCCCGUUCUCGACAAGUUCCGAGAGCACAAGACCUUUGCCAAGAAGCUGACCCGAGCUCUUGGUCGAGGCGAUCUUCAUGAUGCCAAGCGAAUCGACGAGAACCGACCUCGAUACCAUUUGGACCAUAUCAUCAAGGAGCGAUACCCCACUUUCAUGGACGCUCUGAGAGAUAUUGACGAUGCUCUGUCCAUGCUGUUCCUUUUCGCCGCUUUGCCUGCUUCCGACGACGUUUCUGCUCGACUUGUUUCCGAAGCCGAGGCCAUUUGCACCCAGUGGAUGGCCUUUGUUGCCCGAGAACGACUUGUGCGAAAAGUGUUUGUUUCCAUCAAGGGAGUCUACUACUCUGCCAACAUUCGAGGAGUCGAGGUCAUGUGGCUCGUGCCCUUCCGAUUCCCCCAGAACAUUCCUGCCGAUAUUGACUUCCGAGUCAUGCUGACAUUCCUCGAGUUCUACACCACCCUACUGCAUUUCGUUCUCUACAAGCUUUACAAUGAGAACGGUCUUGUUUUCCCUCCCAUCAUCAACUCCACCAAGCUCAGUGGUGUUGGAGGUAUCAAUGCGUACGUGCUGGAGUCUCGACAGAACGCCGGUGUUGUCCCCCAGAUUGAGGGUAACUCCGAGGCAAAGGUCGAGAACGUGUCUGCUGCCGUUCUGUCCAAGGCUGCUAAGGCUGAUGCCGGCGAGGAGGAGGAGGUUGAGGAAGAGGAGGAAGUCGAGGACGACGGACUGGACUCCUUCUCCGCCGAGAAGGGUGACGCCCUUGCCCAGCCCACAUUCAACUCUACCGCCGGUCAGCUCUUCUCUAACUUCACUAUCUUCAUUGGUCGAGAGGUUCCCCUUGAUAUCAUUGAGUUCCUGAUCAUCGCAUUUGGAGGAAAGGUCAUUUCUGAGUCUGCCAUGGACGAACUCAUCGACAAUGAGGACGAGACCCGAGGUAACGUCAUUGAUGAGAAGACUCUUAAGCAGAAGUUCAAUCUCGCCAGCGUCACUCACCAGAUCACAGAUCGACCCACUCUUCGAGAGAAAGUCCCUGGUCGAACGUACGUUCAGCCCCAGUGGGUCUUCGACUCCAUUAAUGAAGGAAAGCUUCUUCCCGUUUCUGAGUACGCCCCUGGAGAGCGUCUCCCUGCCCAUCUUUCCCCCUGGGGAGAUGCUGGUACUUACGAUCCUACCGCUGAUGUUUCUGAUGCUUCUGAUGAUGAUGAGGAUGAUGAGGACAUUGAGGUUGCUCCUGAAGACUACGACAAGGACGAUGAGGAGGAAGAGGCCGAGGCCGAGGCUAAGCAGCACCAGCGAGAGCUUGAGGCUGAGGCUAAGGGCACCAAGGCUGACCCCGCUGCUGCUCCCAAGAAGGCUAAGCGAAAGGCUGAUAAGAUGACCAAGGCUGAAAAACAGGAAGAGGAGGACAAGAAGCUCAGAAUGAUCAUGAUGUCCAACAAGCAGAAGAAGCUGUACAAGAAGAUGCAGUACUCCAACGACAAGAAGAGCGACCGAGAGGCCGAGCUCAAGAAGCGACGAAAGCUCAACGAGAAGAAGGAGAAGAGAUAA